UGUAUAAAUUCGCUUGUAUAACAACGUAAAGAAGCCGCUGCACCCAUACGCCAAAAUUUUGUUAUUUAUUUGGGCGCUUCUUCGUAAACAAGGUCUAAGGCAAAAAUAAUAUUUUCUGUACAUGAUUGUUACUAUUAUAGCAUAUUAAAUUGAAAACUGGCAAAAAACUUGUCCCAACUUGUGCAAGUACUCUAAAACCAUAUAUUUUUAUAUGGAUUUCAAUUCAGAACAAACUGGAAAUGCAUUACGAAAUGAAAAUAAAACUCAUAGUGCAACGCGGCUGUUGUUUUCCGCAGCGGAAAUAAUAAAUGGAAAUGAGGACGAAGAGGAAAUUUUAGAUAUUGUUAAUUCUUUAGAAUGUUCAAAAUGUAAGCAAUGUGGCAAUUGCAUUGACGGUAUUAAAGAUAUAACAAAAACUAUUCGUAGCACUAUGAUUGAAAUUACCGAAUUGAAGGAGCGUAAUCGGGAACGUCGUCAUAGAGAGUUUGUGGGACUAUUUCAAAAGUAUUUAACAAAUGAUCUCAAAGCUCUUGAGACUUCAACGAAUACAGUAGCUGCUACUGAUUCAUAUGUUAAUCAGUUAAAUUAUGGGGUGAGCUUAGAUAAAGUUGGAUCUCCUCAGCUUUGUGAAGCGGCUAAACUCUCAGAUGUUGAGAAGAAACAGCAACUACCGCAACUUACUCGAAAACGGCGAGACAGUACCUCUAAUGAUGCAAUUACUGUAACUCCGCCAAAAAGAUCAGACAGAAAUUAUAAAGGCCAGACAGAAACAUGAACUCGUGGCAAUGCGUGAAAAAAUGCUUGCUAUGCAAAGACGAAAAAUGGAAGAUCGGGAGCGAAAAAAGCGCAAAGUUUCCCAAAUGUGAUUAAAAUAAUUAUGAGCUAUAACAAGGCAUAGAAAAUAUAAACAUUUUUUAACAUGCUAUUUUAGAAUACUUUAAAAACCAAAAAUAAAUAUAUACAAAUUUGUAUAUCAGUGAGAUCCGAUGAAGAUCAUAACAUUCACUUUUCUGAAAA